AUGUUUAUCAAUUCAAUAUUUAACUUUUGCCAUAAUUGGUUCAUGGAAAGUUUUAUGUACAACUCCGUAUGUGAUCAAUUAAUUCUAUGUACACUUUCGGUUAUUGUUAUCGCAUAUUUAGCGAUGUUAGUUGGAAAAGCUCUUUUUAAAGGCAAUGCUGAAAAAAGGAAAGAAGAUGAACAAACUACAGUUGGUCUAUUCUUUGACUCUUCUUUACAAGAAGCGAAACGAGAUCGUUUUCUAUUCUCUGAAGUCAAUUAUUUAUUAUUAAAAAUUGAUGAUAACAACAACGAUACAAUAAUGAAAACGAAAGCAGGAGGAAAAUCUCCCGACUCCUAUAACGCCAACGAUGGAUCUGCCACAGAUCCAACCAAGAUACACCAAGCUGAUGCGACUUCAGAGUCUAUGUCAACAGUCACAUUGGUAGAUUACAAUAAUACCGACUAUAUUUAUGUCCAUGACACCGGCGAAUCAUCAGACUUUCAUACGAAUGACAAUCAAGAUUGUACACGCCAUCGCAUUGGAUCUAACGAUUCUUACCUAAGUAAUCACUCUGUAUCAUCACGUAACAGUGAUGGAAAUCUCGCUGACGAUGAAAAUAUCCUAAGCGAUUCAGUAAGCCUGGUAGAUGCUAAAGGUAGAGCUGACAUUUCCAUUAGGAAACAAUCGCAUCAAGAAGGUGAUAAGGCAGUUUGUAUGAUCAGUAGUCGAGCUCGCCAUUUACAAAUAGAUAUCAGUGAUUGCACUGAUGAUAACCACAGUCAGCAACAGAAACUGUCUGAAGUUGUGGCUUCUAUCAAAGAAUGCAUCCAUAACAUUGUCGUAAUGUGCAUUCAACAUCAAGAAACAAGUCUAUGGUUGUCUAAAUUAGCUAUGGAUAAGUAUAAACUGUAUGGACGGGGAUGUUUAUUAUUAGUCUUACCUUCACUAGAAAUAGCCAAAGAAUUUCAUGUCGACGACCUAAAAAAAUUAUCGUAUACUCCUAGUUACGCUGAUAAAACGACAUUACUAAAAUCCGCUGGACACGUAUCUAAAGCAUCUAUAUUGGUUUCGAUGUGCGAUCAAUACAAUCCAAUAGAGGAAUAUUUAUUAUGUGUUACUGUUGUUGCCCCUUUAGAGAAAAGGCAAAGUAAAAACUCUCUACGCAUUAUUACUGGUAAUGCAUAUAGUAAAUCAUAUAAAACAUGUGUUCAACUCCGUUUAUAUCCUACUUUAUUGACGCCAUCUGCUACUUUGGAUCCGCCUUCGCUAACAGAUUGUAAUGAUCAUGAUAACUUGCAUCAUGAUCAUGUUGUUGUAUCUAUGUAUGACCUGAAAAAAAGUAGCGGAAUUACCACGGAUUUUAAGCAGCAGUUUUUACAACAUACUCUCCAUGUAUUAACAGAUCACUAUAUCAACUUUAAGGAUUCAUAUCCAAAAAUCUAUUCGAAGUUGGAAGAUUGCCUACAAACUGGCUCAGCAACGCAACCUAUUAAUUUCACAGCUUUAAAUGAAAAUGGCGAGCAAGUUUUAUGUACAAUUGUCCUUGAAUUGCCAGUGCACGUUUAA